AUGCUCGCAGUCUGGGCGCCUCUGCUCUUCUUAGCCAUGUGGGUGAGAAGCACCUCUGGUGGCCCGCUCUCCUUCAGAAUUGCCGCCAUUCUUGAUGACCCAAUGGAGUGCAGCAGAGGAGAGCGUCUGGCCAUCACGCUGGCCAAAGACAGUAUCAACAGGAACAGUAACCGCUCCACCACCGGCAAGCUGGAGGUGGACAUCUUUGAACUGCUGAGAGACAGUGAAUACGAGAUGGGGGAGACAAUGUGCCAGAUUAUGUCUAAAGGGGUGGUGGCAGUCCUGGGUCCCUCCGCUAGCCCAGCCUCCAACUCCAUAAUCAGCAAUAUCUGCGGAGAAAAAGAGGUACCAUAUGUGAAAGUGGCCCCUGAGGACAUUCUAAAGGUCCACUUCCCCCGUUUCACCACUCUGGACCUGAGGCCCACCAACACCGACAUCAGCUUGGCCGUGGCGGGCCUUCUCACUUUCUUUAACAGUACAACUGCCUGCCUCAUCUGUGCACAGGCCGACUGCUUAUUGAACCUGGAGCGGCUCCUCAGGCAGUUCCUCAUCUCUAAGGAGACUCUGUCGGUGCGCAUGCUUGAUGACAGCCAGGACCCAACCCCAUUGCUAAAGGAGAUCCGAGAUGAUAAGACUGCCACUAUUAUUGUAGAUGCUAACGCUACCAUGUCACACAUCAUCUUGGAAAAGGCAUCCGAGCUGGGAAUGCUGUCAGUCUACUACACAUACAUCUUCACCUCUCUGGAAUUCUCUUUGCUGCGACUGGAUGACGUAGCAGAUCAACGGGUCAACAUAGUCGGUUUUUCUGUCUUCAACAGAACACAUCCGUUUUUCCAGGACUUCCUGUUAAGCCUCAACCGCUCAUGGCAGGAGAACUGUGACCACGCGCCCUUCGCUGGCACACCACUCUCCUCAGCUCUGCUGUUUGAUGCGGUACAUGCAGUAGUGGCGGCAGUCCAGGAGUUGAACCGUAGCCAGAAUGUUGGAGCCACUCAGCUCUCCUGCAAGUCUUCCAAGAUCUGGGAGCAUGGCACAAGCCUGAUGAAUUACCUGAGGAUGGUAGAAUUGGAAGGUCUAACAGGCCACAUUGAAUUCAACAGCAAAGGACAACGUUCCAACUACGCUCUGAGGAUCAUGCAGAACAGCAAGGAUGGUCUACGACAGAUUGGCCAAUGGCACUCGGAAGAGGGGCUGACCAUGCAGAGAAAGCUUCCGUCAAUCAAUGUGACUGACACCCUCUUCAACACCACCCUUACCAUCACAACAAUAUUAGAGAAUCCAUAUGUCAUGCUGCGCCCAAACUACCAAGAACUGGAGGGAAAUGAGCGGUAUGAGGGCUUCUGUGUGGACAUGCUAAAGGAGCUGGCAGACAUCCUUAAAUUUAAGUACCGUAUACGGCUGGUUGGAGAUGGCGUGUACGGGGUGCCUGGAGCCAAUGGGACCUGGACUGGAAUGGUUGGAGAACUCAUCUCAAGGAAAGCCGACCUUGCGGUGGCAGGCCUGACAAUCACGGCGGAGCGUGAGAAGGUCAUUGACUUUUCUAAGCCCUUCAUGACCCUUGGCAUCAGCAUCAUGUACCGUGUCCACUUGGGUCGUAGGCCGGGCUACUUCUCCUUCCUGGAUCCCUUCUCUCCAGGAGUCUGGCUCUUCAUGCUGUUGGCCUACCUGGCUGUGAGCUGUGUCCUCUUUCUGGUGGCAAGACUGACACCAUAUGAGUGGUACAACCCCCACCCCUGCCUGAAGGACCGCUGUAACCUGCUGAUCAACCAGUACUCUCUUGGCAACAGUUUCUGGUUCCCUGUGGGAGGCUUCAUGCAGCAAGGCUCCACCAUUGCUCCCAGAGCCCUUUCCACACGCUGUGUCAGCGGAGUGUGGUGGGCCUUCACUUUAAUCAUCAUCUCCUCCUACACCGCCAACUUGGCGGCCUUCCUGACUGUCCAGAGGAUGGAGGUGCCCAUAGAGUCAGUCGAUGACCUGGCAGAUCAGACUGCCAUAGAGUACGGCACCAUGCAUGGAGGAUCCACCAUGACCUUCUUUCAGAACUCGCGCUACCAGACAUACCAACGUAUGUGGAACUUCAUGCACUCAAAGCAGCCAAGUGUGUUUGUGAAGAGCACGGAGGAGGGUAUUGCCCGUGUUCUCAAUUCCAACUAUGCCUACCUUCUGGAGAGUACAAUGAACGAGUACUACCGUCAGAGGAACUGCAACCUGACUCAGAUCGGAGGCCUACUGGACACCAAAGGCUACGGCAUCGGCAUGCCACUAGGGUCAGUGUACCGCGAUGAGUUUGACCUGGCCAUUCUCAGACUGCAGGAAGACAACCGUCUAGAGAUCCUCAAGAGGAAAUGGUGGGAUGGUGGCAAGUGUCCAAAGGAGGAGGACCACCGGGCCAAAGGUCUGGGCAUGGAAAACAUUGGCGGUAUCUUCGUGGUGCUGGUGUGUGGUCUCCUGGUGGCUAUCUUCAUGGCAGUGCUGGAGUUUGUGUGGAUGCAGAGACAUACUCCAGGAGCUGAGCAGUCCAUGUGCGAGGAGAUGUUGCGAGAGCUCCAUGGGAUCGUCCUGUGUCGUGACAGCCUUCAAGUGAGGCGACGGCGGGGGGCGUCCAUGCUUCGGCCACGGCCCUUACCCCUGGAGGAGCGACGGGCCAGAGCGGCUGCCGUUAGCCUUAGCAAUGGCAAGCUGUGCGGGGGCACUGGACUGCCUGAACCACUUUCACACAGACUGGCGCAGGAGGCAGCCCUGGUGGCGAGGGGAUGCAGUCAUAUCCGUAUUUGCCCUGAGUGCCGGCGCUUCCAGGGACUGAGGAUGCGUCCUCCAGGGGCCACCGGGGCCCUCCCUUCCCCUACACACAGCGAGGAUAGUAUAGAGUGGGAGAAGACAACCAAUAGUAGUGAACCUGAAUAA